AUGUCUUCGCGGCCGUCGUCCAGCACAUCCAAGGAUAUGCCGUCGGCCUCGGCUCUAGGCCCAGGUCUGCGACGAUCUUUCACCCUUCCCUCGAGACUCGCCAACCCGACCAGAGACCAUCAACAAGUCGAGAUUGGUUCCGCCGACGGGAUUGAGACGCUGUUUGUACACCCUUCGGCUAAGAUCGUAUCCUUCAGCACAGCAUCAUCUCUGAGAUCGCGACCCAGCUCGAGAUCGAGCAUCGCCAGCUAUGAUGGAGAAGGUGAAUCGACCUCUCUGGAAUGGACCUCACCUACCGAACGGACCAUGGCUUUGGGACCCUUGGAGAUAUACCGCGUACCUGGCUCAGUCGCAUUUCUGCACUCGGGCAGCUUGCUCCACGCCAUCCUCCCUCGUUCGCAAUGUUGGUGUGUCGACGGCGUCUCCAAGUUCGCCAUGCGCUUACCUGGAUCCACACAGGAAGAUUUGGAACACGUCGAGGUGCUCAAGAAGACACUGGCCAAAGUCUUGUACUACGAGAGAACAGCUUGUCCCUUCCAGAGAGGCUUUGGCCACGACCUGCCAGAAAUGCCCAGCAGAAACUCGCGCAGACUGUCAAGAGAGUUGAUCGAACCUGCGAAGCGCUGGAAACUUAACAAGGUCUGGAGGCCCGAGGGCGCUGAUCUCGAGGAACCGCAACUCUUGCAACCCAACAGAAGUGCCUCGACAUCAGGGGAGGAGAGUGGAAAAGAGCAGGACACAAGGCCAGCAAGCAGAGACAAGCCAACACAGCUAUCUGGACCAUUCCCUUCCAAAAAGCUGGCGGCCAUGCGCUCGGUUACUGCCCCUCCGCAGCUGAGUCUCGAAUCGUCACCUCCAUCCAAAGUCAACAAGGUCCGGAAGAUGGCUGGCAUCUUCGACCAGACUGCUCGGGACACUGCACCAUCCCUUACACAUCCUCUAUCAAGCGCCCUCGUUCCACGACUACCACCUACUCCCGAAUCUGACGAUGACCACGAUCUACCUCUCAGUUCCCCCGACUACCAUAUUCAUGAAGAUAUUACGAGCGAAGAAUCUGUCAAUUCAGCCACAGUGCGACCAAUCGCGGUCGUGGCGGAUGAAGAUGGCCAUCCAAGGUUCUCGGAACCUUUGAUUAUCUCUGACACACUAUCUCAGUCUGACCCCGACGCACAAGAGGAAGCUGAUGACACAAUCACCGGAACACUCCCACCAGACGAACCUCUAGAACAAGCAGUCGCAGGAGCCACAGAAAAGCUGGAAGAAGAACUGGAUAACAGCACACCACCCAUCACCAAAGCCUCGCAACCACCCCUCUCAAACCCUACCGAGCAACCUUCAACAGCACCACCAUCCACAUCAACAACCGAAACCACCUCCUACGUAACCUUCACAGCUUCCUCACCAGCCCUCUCCACAACCUCCCUCUCAACAGCAGCAUCCUGGUCCACCCUCCCCGUCCUCACCCCCUCUGAAGCAACCGACCUACUGCGCCAACGUCGUCGCGCACCCUCUCAAUCACCCUCACCUUCUACUCGUACUUCGUCCUCUCCACCUCCCGCCUCUGUCUCUGUGUCUACACCCGCCAAACCCACCUCCUCAACCACCGCUCUCACCAAAACCUCUCCAGCCCUUCUCGUUCGCAAAACCUGCGCUUUGUUUUUGGGUCCACCGGCGAAUCUCGUAGCUACUAUGCUCAGGAUAGCAGCGAGAUUGGUUGCUAGCGGCGCGCUGAAUCUGGCUGAACCAGCUUUCCACGAUUUGUUUGCCGUGGCUGGAGGAGGUGGUGCGGCGAAUGCUGCUGCUACUGCGGCGGCGGGGAGAUUGAGAGGGCAUAGACGAGUACCAGGGAGUUGGGACUUGAGUGAUGAUGAUGAGGACUGGGGUUUCUAG